AUGGCGACGCACAUGUCGAGAUGUAGAACCUGGAGCCGUGUUCAAAGGUUUGGAAUCGCAGCUUAUAGGAAAUACAGCAGCGGUGGCGGAUACCCAAAUAUUUCACUGUCGUCGCCUUUGCCUGGGAUCCCCAAACCGGUGUUUGCAUCGGUGGAUGGCCAAGAGAAAUACGAAACCAAGAUAACAACUUUGGAAAAUGGUCUUAAAGUUGCAUCCCAAAACAAAUUUGGGCAGUUCUGCACGGUUGGAAUUUUAGUAAACUCAGGAUCCAGGCAUGAAACCAAGUAUCCAAGUGGAAUAGCACACUUCUUAGAGAAACUUGCCUUUUCUUCCACAGCUCAGUAUGGGAGUAAAGAUGAAAUUCUCCUUGCACUGGAGAAACACGGUGGGAUCUGUGACUGUCAGACAUCAAGAGAUACCACCAUGUAUGCUGUGUCUGCUGAGGUGAAGGGCCUGGACACAGUGGUUAGUCUUCUCUCCGAUACCGUCCUGCAGCCUCGCCUAUUAGAUGAGGAGAUCGAGAUGACUAAAAUGGCGGUGCGUUUUGAGCUGGAGGACCUCAACAUGAGGCCUGACCCUGAGCCCUUACUCACAGAGAUGAUCCAUGCUGCAGCAUACCGAGGCAAUACAGUUGGCCUGCCUCGCUUCUGCCCAGUCGAACACGUGGACAAGAUCGACAAGAGCGUGCUCCACAGCUACCUGCGCAGCUACUACUGCCCCGAGCGCAUGGUGCUGGCGGGUGUCGGCAUCGAGCACGAGCAGCUGGUCGAGUGUGCCAGGAAGUACCUGCUGGGCGUGAGGCCAGUGUGGGGAGCCAGUACGCCUGCCAACGUAGACCUGUCCGUGGCGCAGUACACCGGGGGAAUCAUAAAGAUGGAGAAGGACAUGUCGGAUGUCAGCCUUGGCCCCACCCCCAUCCCGGAGCUCACGCACAUCAUGAUUGGCCUGGAGAGCUGCUCCUUCUUGGAGGACGACUUCAUCCCAUUCGCCGUGCUAAACAUGAUGAUGGGUGGGGGCGGGUCCUUCUCAGCGGGGGGACCUGGGAAAGGCAUGUUCACCCGUUUGUACCUGAAUGUGCUAAACAGGCAUCAUUGGAUGUAUAACGCCACUUCGUACCAUCACAGUUAUGAGGACAGUGGUCUGCUGUGUAUUCAUGCCAGUGCGGACCCCAGACAGGUGCGGGAAAUGGUGGAAAUCAUCACCAGGGAGUUCAUUCAGAUGGCAGGAACAGCAGGAGAGAUGGAGUUGGAGAGGGCCAAGACGCAGCUCAAGUCCAUGCUGAUGAUGAACUUGGAGUCUCGGCCGGUCAUCUUCGAGGAUGUGGGUCGCCAGGUUCUCUCCACAGGGAAGAGGAAGCUGCCGCAUGAGCUGUGCACACUCAUAAGCAACGUGACGGCGAGUGACAUCAACAGGGUGACCACCAAGAUGCUGCGCAGCAAGCCCGCCGUGGCGGCCCUAGGUGACUUGACAGAGAUGCCCUCCUAUGAGCACAUCCAGGCAGCCUUGUCCAGCAAAGACGGACGUCUGCCCCGCAUGUACCGCCUCUUCCGAUAGAGACCCCUGUCCCGCAAAACCCAUCACCCCUUAUGAAGUCAUCCUCCUCCUUCACCACCAGUUUAGCCAGUCAGCCACUGGCAGAGCGUCACUGUAUAUAAGCUGGACUGGGACAGAUGCAGACCCCCCCCCCCCCCCCCAAAUACGAGUUCUCCCUCCCGGCACAGACCCAUCCAACGCUCCAGGAGGGGACUAUGUCCUGGAUCGCAACUGAUCUGUUGGUGGUGGUGAUUUUAUAGAAAACUUAACCUUCUUUUGAUAGCCCCGGUCCACGUAGUUAGUGUCUGUACUCCUUGCCAUAAGGAAGCCCUGCUUCGCUGGGGGUUGGCUUUGCACAAGUUUGGUUUUAAAGGGACAGAUCACCCCUCCUCCCAUAAGAGGAAAAGACAAAAAAACAAUUUGUGGUAUUCUUAAUGUUACAGAGCUUUGAGUGGUUAUGUUUAGGUGUGUGAAUGAAACCAGAAUGGGUCUUAGGAUUUCAGUCACCCGCUAAAUUGGCCAGAAAAGGUAACUGGCAGUUUGUCUCCCCUUCCUCCUCCUAAGCAGGCUUUAUUUGUACAUAACAGGGGAAGGGAGGAUGGGACUGAUGUCCCAGCAGUCAUCUUACGCUGACGUUUUAUAUAUUUAUAGUGCCAUUUCCCACGACUGGCUCAUCCUCUGAUCUGUGAAGAUCUCACCGACCUUAACCCGAAGCCUUGUCUUUGUCCAGAGAAGACAGCUCAAAACUGUCAAUGAUGCCGUUACACACGCAACAUGUAAAAAUGUCUCCCGCGGGACAUUAUAGACCUACUAGACAGAACGUGAAGUCAUUUAGAGAACCGUGAGAAUGUCUGAAAUAUGUGGCCAAAAAUGCAACCGUGCUCUAUUUGUCCUCAUUUAUUAAAGACUGGAGGUGAUGAGUCCUGUUUGGAGGCGCUGACCGCCAGUGCGUGCACGUGUUUUAGUACCGGCGAUGGAGUUUCCUUUGCAUUAAGGGCACCUUUGUCUCUGUGUUCAAGUAAAUACACUGAGGCGUUAGUUUGUUGGACGACAGACAUCGCAAAAAACCAUUUAUAAGUCUGCAGUUAUACGCACACGUCACUGAUUUCCCUGAUUAUGUUGAAUGUGAGUCCCCAUGUCUGUUACCCCACACAACCCCGCUGGUGUACAAACGAUUAUAGCCAUUAAUAAAAAAAAUGUUUUA